AUUUUAAUGAUGUUCCUUUUUUGGGGGGGGAACCGAAACAAUUGGAUUUUUGCCCCAUUGCAAUGACAUAGUACUGCUUCUCGGUUAUGUCAAGUAAGGAGAGAAGAAGUCUGAAUCUUUAAACCGACACUGGGAAACUGAUUCUUUAGAUUAUUUAGGAUGAAGCUGUCAAUCCAUCUGUUUGGAGUUGUCUGGGCGGCUGUACUUUUGUCCUUUAGUCUCUGCCAGGAUUUCUGUCGAGUGCAGGAUGGAAAACCUGGCGAGCCAGGAGUUGCUGGGAGAAAUGGCUGGCCUGGACAAAAAGGAGAGAAAGGAGAACCAGGUUUGCAGGUGGAGCUGAGUAAGGAGGCACUAAGUGCUAUUAAAGGAGAUAAGGGUGAGGAUGGUCCUGUAGGAAGCAUUGGUGCUAAAGGCUAUUCUGGUCAUCUUGGUCUACCGGGUCCCAUCGGACCUCCAGGGAUUCCUGGCAGCACUGCGGGUGGUGAAAUUUCCAAUGCAAAAAAGGCAGCCUUUUCAGUGAUGCGUAAGAUGAAUUCAUACCCCAGUUAUGACAAGGCCUUAAGCUUUAAUGAAGAACUUAUUAAUUUGAAUAAAGACUUCAGUAGUCAGACAGGAUAUUUCGUAUGUAAGGUUGCUGGAUGCUAUUACUUUGUGUUUCAUUCUGUCUCUGAAGGUGACUUGUGUAUAAAUCUUCUUAGUGACAAUGCUAAAGUGAACCUGAAAUUUUGUGACUAUAACCAUCGUACGACAAGCAUAUCACAGGUUCUGUCUGGUGGUGCAGUGAUUGAGCUUAAUGUGGGACAGAGGGUGUGGCUACAACCAUUUAAAAACCCUGUACACAAAAAGGUGACAAACAAAAUGUCAAAAACUGAAACAACAGUGUUCAAUGGAUUUCUGAUUUUUGCUAGCGGUUGAAGAAAAUAUAGAUAACAAUGCAUGCUAGAAUGACUGCAAUUCUAACAUUGGUAGUGCUACAGUAGUUUCUGCAAUCAUGGAUUUUAAUACAAGUGUACCAUUUUACAUUAAUUGUUACAUUAUAUGUCCUUAAUUCUGUAUUGCAACCCAAAUUGACAUUUCAGUUAAACUCAUUCUACAAUAAAAAAACUUUCUGUGAAA